GCCAACAAAAUUUGAUCGCCACAAUGCCAGAUAGACUGGAUGUACUGACUGGCUCCUGUGUGCAAAUCUCAUGUGCAUUUGAUAUUACAAACCAAAAUGACUAUAAAUUUAACAGCACAAUACUUACGUCUGGAGUGUGGAUGAAAGGAUCAACAAAAUUUGGUGAAGGUCAGGACAAUGUGAUAUUUCACAGUAGUAAGACGGUUAACAGAUAUCAAGGGAACAUAACUGGAAACAUGUCCCAGAAGAACUGCACCACAGUCUUCUUCAAUGUAACCACCAGUUACGCUGAUAAAUACUUCUUCAGGAUUGAAAGUCAACCAUUCCGUGCAACAGACUCAGACAAGUCUGUUAAUAUAGAUGUCAGGGAUUUGCCUCCCAGUCCCAUCAUUACUGUCUCAGGUGAGGUGAAGGAAGGGACCCCUAUCAGUUUGAACUGCUCUGCUGUCGCUCCCUGUCCCGAACACCCCCCUGAGCUGACAUGGACCCUCCCAACACAGUUCACACCUGAGAACCAACUGCAGGAGAAUCCAGACCAAACCAAAUCAGUUCUCUCCACAGUGACCUUCACUCCGUCAUACCUUCAUCAUGAGAAGAACAUCACUUGUACUGCAGUCUACCCAGUAGGGACAAGCAACAAGACAGCUGAACAUACCAUGAUGCUUAACGUUUCAUUCUCUCCUAAGGACACCUCAGCCUCCAUCAGUCCAGCUGGUCCAGUAUUAGUGGGCAGCUGUGUUAAUCUGACCUGCAGCAGUACAGCCAACCCUCCUGUGACAAACUUCACCUGGUUCCAGAUCAGUGGGGGUAAACCAACACAGGUAGCAUCUGGACAGAGUUACACCCUCAAUGUGACUGUUGGUGAUGGAGGACUGUACUACUGUGAAGCAAGAAAUAGUAACGGCCGUGGGAAGUCAGAGGAAGAGAAGCUGGCUAUUAAAGGGCAAAUAGAGCCUGUGGUGUUUGGGGUUGCAGCAGGAACUCUGGGGGUCUUUCUGCUUAUCAGCCUGGUCUGUCUUUUUGGAUGGAGGAGAAACUCUAGGCUCCCCGAUGGACUUGAAAGGAUGGACAAUCCACAGGGACAGAACUCCCCGGUUGGGACGGUGUGUGUUAACCAGACCACAGCCGGAGAGAAACCAGAGGAACCUGCAGAAGACCAGCCUGAAGAGAUCCACUAUGGUGACAUAGACUUCUCCAAACUACGGCCCAAAGAGACCCCAGCUGCAGCCCAGGACAGGAACAGGGUCCAGGGGCAGGAGAGUGAGUACGCUGAAGUCAAUGUGACCAGGAGAGGGCCCCAGGAACCACACCUUAACUACAUAGAUGGGCUUUAUGCACAAGUGAAUAGAAGAGGUGCAUUUUAAGUAUUUGGGGUAUAUACAGUAUGUCUUGUGUGCACUGAGCUCCAACAGUACUGGGACAGUGCCAUUUAUUUAACUUUUUAGUCUCUGUUCUCCAGAACUUUUGAUUUGAAAUGAAACAGUUACUAUGAAGUUAAAAUGCAGACUGUCAGCUUUAAUUCCAGGGUAUUUUCAUCCAUAUCGGGUGAACUGUUUAGAAAUUACAGCACGUU